ACUAGUCUGCUUUUUAGGUUAACUUAUCAAUACACUGGUUGUUGUUUCUCGUAAAACACAAUCGUUCUUCUUUAAUUUUCCAUCUUUACUCGACGUAGACCAGAAGGUUACGUCGAUAUCCGCGUUAAUUAAGUUUCAUAAUGGGUUUCGUUAAAGUUGUUAAAAACAAACAAUAUUUCAAGCGAUAUCAAGUUAAAUUCAAGAGGCGUCGUGAAGGAAAAACCGACUAUUAUGCCCGUAAACGUUUGAUUGUUCAAGACAAAAACAAAUACGAUACUCCCAAGUAUCGCUUAAUCGUUCGUUUUUCUAACACAGACAUUACAUGUCAGGUAGCACAUUCCCGAAUUGAAGGGGAUAAAAUUGUUUGUGCUGCUUACAGUCAUGAAUUGCCUAAAUAUGGUGUCAAAGUUGGUUUAACUAAUUAUGCUGCUGCUUACUGUACAGGAUUAUUGGUUGCCCGCAGGUUAUUAAAAAAAUUGGGUUUGGAUAAUUUGUAUGAAGGGCUUAAAGAAGCUAAUGGAGAAGAAUAUUAUGUUGAACCGGCUGAAGAAGGCCCAAAUGCGUUCAGGUGUAACUUGGAUGUUGGUCUCAUGAAAACCAGCACUGGUGCUAGAGUAUUUGGUGCCAUGAAAGGUGCUGUUGAUGGUGGUUUUAAUAUUCCUCACAGUGUUAAACGUUUUCCUGGCUAUGAUGCUGAAUCUAAAGAAUACAGUGCUGAAACUCACCGUAAACACAUCUUAGGAUUACAUGUAGCUGACUACAUGCGAAAAUUGGAAGAAGAAGAUGAAGAUGCUUACAAUCGUCAAUUCUCUAGAUACAUCAAAUUAGGAAUUGUUGCUGAUGAUUUGGAAAAUAUGUACAAGAAAGCACAUGAAAAUAUUAGAGCAGAUCCGAAGAGAGAAAAGAAAUCUAAGAAGGAUGCAUCCAAGGCACCAAAGAAACGUUGGAAUGCCAAGAAAUUAACAAAUGCUGAACGCAAACAACGGGUUGCUGAAGCUAAAGCAGCUUAUCUUAAAGAGUUGCAAGGCCAAGAAGUUGAACAGUAACCUUCUUUUGUGUUGGGUGUAUUAUUUUAAUAAAACACUAAAAAAAAUUAA